CACUGGAGCCACACGGGACGGUGUGUGUCUGGAGCCCGAGCCCCGGGACGAACUGAGCAGCACCGGGUCGUGAUCUCAAACCGCAGCCGCCUGUGAGGCAGGAUCCGCGGCCACGGGCUGAAGCGAAGAACCGGAGGAAGCUCCGGAGCAGCUUGAGGAAAACAACCCGUCGUCCCCCUGACUACCCGAGAGGCUGAAUCAUCCACAUGCUAACCCGCCAGCACACAGCUCCCUGACACACUUCUACUCGUGUACAGGCGUGUUGUGUGUGUUCAUCACUAACAGAAUCUCCAUCUUCUUAUUUUUAAACUGCUUCCAAGUAUUCCGCAUCCUGUCCGCGGCAGUGCUGGGUUACACAAGCCCCGUCCGCCACACUAGCAAGUUAGCAGGCUUCUGCUAGCCGCGGCUAACGCGUCCCUAAGUUGAGGUGCUGGAGGAACCAGCUGCAGCAUGUAGCCCGGGUUCCGACACUGGGUUCGAGUCGCACUGUGUUUACCACACACCAGAAGCCGUCAGCUGGGACACACCUGGAGAAUGUGAAGCACAAUGGCCAACUUGGAAGCUUACCAGGAGUACCAGAGGAUCGAGGACUUCGAGGAGGACUCUCCUCCGGGCGAGGAGGAUUUACUGGUGCAUGUGCCCGAAGGCCUGAAAGACUCAUGGCACCAUAUCAAGAACCUGGAUAACUUCUUCACCAGGAUCUAUCAUUUCCAUCAGAAGAAUGGCUUUGCCUGUAUGAUGCUGUCAGAGUUCUUUGAACUUGUUCAGCUUUUGUUUGUUGUCACGUUCACAACGUUCCUUGUCAACUGUGUGGAGUAUGACAUCCUGUUUGCCAAUCGAGCCGUCAAUCACACCGGGUCGGGCCAGAAUCCCUUGGACAAGAAUAAAGUCACUCUCACAGAUGCCAUCCUACCUGGUCCGGAGUGCACUCAGAGGAUUCAAGACAACAGCUGGAUUAUUUUUCUUCUCAUCAUGGCUGCGAUUUUUUGGGUCUAUCGACUUAUUAAAGUCUUUUGCAAUGUCCUGAGCUACUGGGAGAUCAGGCAGUUCUAUAUCAAAGCACUGAAGAUCAGAAUGGAUGAUCUAUGCAACUUCACAUGGCAGGAAGUCCAGGACAGGCUCAUCAGCUUGCAACGAGAGCAGCAGAUGUGCAUACACAAGAAGGAGCUGACGGAACUGGACAUCUACCACCGCAUCCUGCGAUUCAAGAACUACAUGGUGGCAAUGAUAAACAAAUCACUGCUGCCAGUGCAGCUCCAGCUCCCCCUGCUGGGCAAUGUGGUGUUCCUCACCCAGGGCCUCAAGUACAACUUUGAGCUCAUCCUCUUCUGGGGUCCUGGCUCUCUGUUUCAGAACAAGUGGAACCUGCACCCCAAGUACAAGCGGAACGGGAACCGCCUCGAGCUCGCCCAGCAGCUGAGCAGAGUCAUUCUCCUGAUGGGUUUGGCCAAUUUGCUGCUGUGCCCCUUCAUCUUAGUGUGGCAGGUGCUUUACGCUUUCUUCAGCUAUACAGAAGUGAUCCGCAGGGAACCUGGAAGCCUGGGGGCCCGCCGCUGGUCCCUGUACGGCCGCCUAUACCUGCGUCACUUCAACGAGCUGGAUCAUGAGCUGCAUGGACGCCUGGGUCGUGGUUACAAACCCACUUCCAAAUACAUGAACUCCUUCACAUCACCACUACUGACUGUGUUUGCAAAGAACGUGGCUUUCUUCUCAGGAUCAGUGUUGGCUGUCCUCAUUUCACUGACAGUCUACGACGAGGACGUGCUGACAGUGCAGCACAUUCUUACUGCCAUCACUGUGCUCGGGGUGGUUAUCACCAUCACCAGGUCCUUCAUCCCAGAUGAGCAUAUGGUGUGGUGUCCAGAGCAGCUGCUGCAGUGCAUGCUGGCUCACAUUCACUACAUGCCAGACCACUGGAGGGGCACUGCUAACAAGGGAGAGACCCGUGAUGAGGUGGCGCAGCUGUUCCAGUACAAAGCGGUCUUCAUCUUGGAGGAGUUACUCAGUCCCAUCGUCACACCCUUCAUUCUCAUCUUUCAUUUGAGAAACAAGUCUCUCGAAAUCAUUGACUUCUUCAGGAACUUUACUGUGGAGGUGGUGGGAGUUGGAGACAUCUGUUCCUUUGCCCAGAUGGACAUCAGACGCCAUGGAAACCCAACAUGGAUGUCCGAGGGGCAGACAGAGGCUUCUGUGUACCAACAGGCUGAGAAUGGCAAGACAGAAUUGUCCCUCAUGCAUUUCACCAUUAAGAACCCGCGCUGGCAGCCGCCACAGGAGAGCUCCGUCUUUAUCGGCCAUCUGAAGGAGAAAGUGCACCAUGAUGCACUGAGUGGCCCCUCCACCCAGCUACUGCUUUCUGAGGCUCCUCUCUGCACCUCACUGCAAUCCAAUGGGUCAACUACUGUGCCUGAUAAUCUGUUGGCGAGUGUCUUGGCCCACCCCAUUCUAACUGCAUCUGGACUACAAGGACGUGACCAUCACUUCAUCCCACCCAGCACCGCCGCCUCUGCUGCUGCCAGUGUCCUGGCCUCUCUCUCCACCUCCCAGCUCGCACACACCAGCCGCGGCCGCUCGCCGGGCCUCCUGCCCUCCUCCGUUCACCCUGAGGGCAGCAUGUACCGCAGCGAACGCAGCAUCUCUGACAGUAUGACUAACAGUGAUUCACGCAUCCAGAGAAAUGCACUGCACUCAGAGUUCGCCUCCGCAGAGAUGAGUCUCCAUGCCAUCUACAUGCAUGAGCUCCAUCAGCAGACCUCUCAACCACAGAGGACUUCAGGACUGUGGCAGAACUCUGUGCCAAUGAGAGAUCUUCAUACAAACACUGGCUUCCAGGCGCAUAGUGGCCUGAGUUCCAGUAUGUCCAUGCCCACCACUACCCAACUUGGAGGCUGGCAAGAAGAAGAAGAGGAGGAGAAUGAAGAUGAACAGGAGAUAAACAGUGGAUCGACUCCAAAGCAGGGCACAGGAAGUAAUUGUUGAAGUGCCUUAUGCCAUAAGUGUUUACAUUGUACUUUCUUUGAUGAACAUUGUGGCCUUAGAUGAUCGUCAUGGAGAAUUUAGCAUGGACCUUUAAAACAUCACUCAUUCAUUUGUGGGAGAGGCUCGUUGAAUAACCACUGUCUCUGCACCUCCACGCCUCAUCCUGUCACGUCAGGCAGACUAUGGCAUCAGGGAAACCAUACGUCUUCCGUCCGCUUCAUCACGAUCUUCUCAUAAACUUGUACAGAAAACCACAGAGUACACAAGGCAGAGAGACAAUAGAGUGUAUUUGUAGGAUCGGUGUGUGGCGUCUUGGUCAGAGCUGCAAAGACUGCAAGCCGUAUCUCAGCUGCCUGAACAAUUUAAAUCAUCUAUACAAAAAACUUCAGUAUUUAAAGUUGUGCUGUUUGACCCCCGGUGAUUUGUAAAUACACUUUCACAACCUACCUAUCCUGUCAAAGUCCACAUUUUUACUACCAGAGCUUAUCCUUGAAAAAAGAAUACCAAGUAUUGAUAUGAUAGAACUGACUGUCUAGUAACCGUACUUCUAAAACACAGUGCGUACCUGGCAAAAGCCUCAUUGGUUUGAUAAAAUGUCUUUUUAAACUAGGCAUACCCAUGCUUUGAUGCUGCUGUCUGUAAAGUGGUCCCAGGAUUUAUUUUCAGUAUUAAUAUGUCUAGAGCUUAUCUACCAAGUUUCCAGGUACACUUGGCAUCAAAAUCUCAAUGCAGAUGAUAGAGGAUGUCUUUUUAAAUCUCUGGGCUGGACACAAAGUCAGCUUUAUGCCUUAACACCUGUCGUAUCGUAGUUUGCCACAGUGGUGGUGGGGAAAAACAAAUACUCAAUACCUCUCGUGUAAAUAUACAAUAUAUACACAUGUUGUUUUUUUGCAGGGUACCGAUGCCCCUUUCAACUGCAUUCUGAUUUUAACUGCAUGUGUAAAUGGAACCUAUUUCAUUUUCUGGUUAUGUGUCUUGCCCAGCAGAUGUUUUGAGUUAAAUGUCCCAAAAUUUGUUAAGGAGAAUCUUUUAUUUAUUUGUCUUUAAAGCAAAAACAAGGUGUUAUUGCUUUAGCAAAUCUUUGUUGUGUCUUUUAGCCCCAUAAAUUUUCAUAUAAUAAUGAGCUAAUAUAAGAGCUUCUGCAGUUUAGUUUAGCUUUAGGUUAAAAUAAUUCAGAAAGAAUUCAGGACAAAUUUGACAAAUUCUGAACAGGACAAUUGGUCGCUGGCUUUAUAUUUACUCAGCCUUUACUAUUUAAAAGAGCAUAAAGAGAAAAACUGCUUCUCAACAAUCACCAUCAUUUGGUAGCUUUAAAAGUAUUUAUUUCCCCUUUUCCUCCAGAUAUUAAAUUGAAAUAUACUUAUAAUAUAUUUGAAGGAAUUAUUUUAGAAGUUUUCUCAAAUUGAUCACUUGUUUACAUAUAACCACAGUAAUUACAAAUAAAAACAAAAAAUAAACAUUUAACCCUUUUCCCUAAAAGUAAUAAAAAGAAAAAACAUUUUCCAUCAGAAGAACACGCCCAGCUGCAUGAUGUUGAAUGUUGAUUUUAAAGUUUAAAAUCAACUGGGACUUAAUCUGCUUGUUGCUGUCAUGCAUCACGCAGCACUUUUUUUUUAUCGCAUCCUACGAAGGUCACAGUAGUAUAGAUCUCAUCCUCCUUUUAUCUAAGAGCUAUAGAUACGUCUUGUGUUCAGCAACUGUUCCACUUUAUUUUUGUGUGUGUGUGUUUAUGUGUGGAUGGGAUACUAGUGGACACCUGUGUAAUUAUGCUAACACAAACUCUGAGUUUUGCACUGAAAAAAUAAAAACAAAGCAUUUAAAAAAAAAAAUCAGAUACACUUCAGAAAGGGCACGUCUCAGAAGGGACACCGAGUCAAUCGCCAUCCCGAAUGACCUCUUCUCAUCAUUUGUACAUAAGCAUUGCAUCAGCACGUAUUGUAAUGUCGUCGUCGUCGUCCACAGCAGACUGUCUGGAAACAGUGUGGCAAAUCACAAAAAGGUCAUUCUUACCUCUCGUCAAUAAAAAAAACUUGCCCUUUAGGGGAUGAUGUGUGUUUCUGUAACACUGUUGUUUUUUGUUUUAUUUGUUUUUUUUUGAGUUGAGGUUGAAGUAGAGACUCAGAGGCUCAGCUUUGUGCACAGAGUUUACACAUUUACAGCUCACUGUUGUGUUUCUCAUUUUCCUUUUCAGCAGUGCCUUAGUAUUAAGGUUUAGUAUUUACUUUUCUUUUGUUAAGAAGACAUGUCAUGUUACCAUCAGAUUUGUGUUCACGGCACACACCAUGUACAGUGUUUUUGUUUGACGAGUCAUUGUGGAUAAUAUCUAUCAACGUCGUGAAACUGUGGAUGUGGCUUUUAAGAUGAGCUACAAACUGAUGUGUUGCAUCUGACUUGUUCUGAUCAGGGUGUCUGAACCCGCACUUUCUUGAAAGUCCCUAGCGAAGCAGGAGCACGCCUUGUUAUCUGCAGCGUCAUCCUGGCCAAUUUACAUCACACUAUGUCCACUACACACCGGUCUAAAUAUCACAGCGACUGGAACAAGGUGCUAAGUUUUCAUCCUGAAAUGUUGAAUAUGUUUAAAGACAUGUUUUCUUUUUUUAGAACAUUGGUUUGUCUGUUUGUGUGCGUGUGUGUUUUCUUCUGUAAAUUAAGACACACUAUGGAACAUGCCAAAAGAACUUGUUUUCAGCACAGCUUCACGAGAUGUGCUGUUUCCUCUGAAAGAGUAGAGAGGCAAAUAAACCCUAUUUUGAGUGUAUUUAAUCAUUUCACUUAUGUUUGAUUAUCUGAUGUUUAUUUAAAAUAAAAAGGCAUUUUAAUUUUC